AUGGCAGGGGAGUUGAAGCACGGGACACUUGCACUGGUUGAGGAGGAGACGAAGAUGCUCUUUGUUGGCGUAGGAGACGAAGAUGACACGAGCAACAAGGCGGCUCUCAACCAGAUCAUAUCGCAUAAUGGAACACCGAUUGUGAUUGGGACAGCUGCCCUGACAGACUGGGCCAGUGGCCACGGUCUGAGGACGGUGACUAUCCCUGAGACUGUUCCUGAGUUACAGAACAUCCUGAAUAUCAUUCCUAUGCAAAUUGCAGCCUAUCGAAUAGCAGUCAAUAUUGGCAUAAAUCCAGAUAAGCCAAGGAAUCUGGCUAAGUCAGUUACAGUGAAAUAA